UUUGCUGGUAACUUAGUUUAUCAGUUAAAUAGUUGAUGAUUUGGUGAUGAUUAAGGUUUGAAGGAUCAUCAUUAUUAUCUAGUCUCUUAGUGUUUAAACAAAAUCAUGUUAAGACAAUCAAAGUACUUAAGAAACUGGAGGUUCUACUGUUGUGAUGAGCCGAGCAUAAAUAAACUAGCUUGGUUCAAAGUUGAUAUUUAUUUUUCUUCACUCUUUGAUUGUCACUGUUUCAACUAAACUUUAUUUCUAUCCCUUUUUAUUUCUUUUAAUUAAUUUACAAUCUCCAUCAACUAACUGCCUUGAUACAACUUUGAUUUUUGUAUUCUGUGGUAUUUAGUCAUCUCAGCAACACCAUCAUCUUUUAAUCAUCUUGGUCUCAACUCCCUUCUUUUAAACCUUACUCAAGUGUCUACUUAUUAAUAGUUUUACCAAUAAAACAGCCAACUGUUUUUGAAGAUUGUUUAAGACACCAUUUUCAACCAUUUGUAAACACCAAAUUUUCUAUCAUUACAAAAUGAAUUCGUUAAUGGUUUGGAAGACGAUCUCGUUUUAUUUAAUCACCCUCUUUUUUGGCCUUCUUUUUUUAACCGAAAUCAUCAUGAAUCAACUCACCCACUCUCUGGUCAUACUUUCCGAUUGUUAUUUCAACAUGUUCAUCUUUAUGACUUUACUGUUAACCUUAAUGAGCAACCGGAUGGCUAAUUCAGUCAGUCUAAGAGCUACCUUUGGAUGGGCUCGAAUUGAAGUUCUUGGUGCUUUAUUUAACAUCAUUUUCAUCUUGGCAAUGUGCUUCUCAGUGUUUGUCGAGGGCAUUUUAAAUCUUAUCCAUUCAUCUCACCAUGAAUCUCAGAUAACUAAUCCACUUUACCUGUUAAUUCCUGGAAUUAAUAGUUUAGCAUUGAAUCUAUUUCGAUGCUUGUUUUUCAAUGAAUCAUCGAGGACCAAAAAUGUUCAAUUAAGCAUUAGAGGAGAAGAAGUUCAAGUAAAUUGUGUUGUUAAUGGUGAUUAUGAGAUAGUAAGCCAAAAGAGCUCCAACAAAACGGGUAAACAAUACAAUGAUGACAAUGAGGAAGGAGCAAAGGAUAAAUUACUAAUCAAUUCCUGUUCAAAUUAUUCUGAGGAAAAAUUCACAGAGGAAAAGGAAAAUAUUUGUUGGAAGAUAAUCAAAUCAAUUGGUACAUCAUUAUUGUUGAUUGGAGCAUCAACUAGUCUUUAUUAUUUCGAUCAUCAUGUCUGUUCCCUAAUUGACUCCAUCACUGGUUUAUUGGGAAUUUUCAUCAUUCUCUCAAUGAUUUACCCCUCAAUGAAGGAAUCUGGCCUUAUUUUACUGCAAACCGUUCCUAAGCAUAUUGAAGUUACCCAGGUUAAGGAAGCUUUAUGCCGGGAAUUUCCAACCAUCAUUGAGAUUCACGAUUUUCAUGUUUGGUGCCUUACUCGAGACAAAGUCAUAGCAACUUGCCACAUAUCUUUGCCUGCACUCACCAGCCACUCAUAUAAUAAACUAUCUUCACAAAUUUGUAAAUUUUUAGCUCGUGAAGGUAUAACUCUGGCAACAGUUCAACCUGAAUUUCCAAAAGAGUCCCAAGCUAAUGGUAAAUGUCUUUACAUUUGCAAAAAAGGCCGUGAAACCUGCAGUGAUAAAACCUGUUGCUCUGAGGAUCAAGACGAGGAGCAUCGAUGUACCAAACGGAAUGCGGAUGUUUCACAAAUUAUCAAAUAUUUGAGUCUAAUAGAAAUGAAAAUAAUACGUUUUAUUAGUGACAAUAGGUACAGACUAUUUAAAACCAUACUCGCUUACUUCGCAUAUUUUUGCAUCGGAUCAGCAACAACACUUCUCGGUUCCAGUUUACUUGAUUUACAAAUACGUUUAAAUGUUGAUUUUGCCAAAGUUUCCUAUUUAAUUCCCUUCCGUAGUGCCGGUCACAUACUUGGAUCUGCUCUUGCUGGUUUGAUCGAGCAAAGAUUCAACCGAUCUCUUCUUUUAUGGAUAAUCAAUUUGAUCUCUGGAAUUUUUCUUGGAGCUGCUCCAUUCUUUACCAAAUUUGAGUUUACUUCAAUAUUUCUGGUAAUAGCUGGUGUUGCUCAUGGAAUGUCAGAUAUUUUGUGUAAUACUUCAGUGACCAGCACUUGGAAGGAAAAGAGUACGAAUUGGUUACAAGUUCUUCACAUGUCAUGGGGAAUUGGCUCUCUACUAACCCCAGUUAUAUGUCGUCCAUUUUUAUUACCAGAAGAAAGUCUUGAACCAGAUUCAAGUGCAUUAAUAACAGCAAACACAACUGCAGAUCCAAUGAUUGUAUCAAUUUAUACUGCCAAAGAUGUAAUGAUUCAAUAUGCCUUCGUGAUCAUUGGCCUUUUAUCAGUAAUCGUUUCUUUCUUUUACGCUUGUAUAUAUUUCCGAGAAAGAAGUAUCACAGAAUACAGUAAGAAAGAGGUGAAUGCCGUCAACAUUCAAGUGCCUCAACCAUCUUCGCAAAUCAGUCCAUGGAAAAAGUAUAUCGCCAUUUUCCUGGUAGCAGUGGUUGGCCAUCUUUGUUAUAGCUUGGAAGCAGUUCUUGGUUCCCUGGGAGCUUCAUUUUCAGUCAAAUCCGAUCUUCAUAUGGACAAAAAGACUGGUGUUUUACUUGCAACUGUUUUCUGGUCUUGUUUCUCAUUUUAUCGAUUAAUCUUCAUCCCAUUAACGUUCAUCGUAGCUGAAGCUAAAUUAUUGGCCUUUAGUUUGUUACUUACUUUGCUUGGUGUCGUUGUUUCUGUACCAUGGGCUAACAACAAUGAGGCUUGUCUUUGGGCUGGAUUCACCCUCGUUGGAUUGGGACUAUCGACCAUCUUCUCAUCAUCACUUGGAAUGCUAUCGAGAUAUAUCGUUAUUACUGGUCAAAUAUCAUCAAUGAUUUUUAUUCCUGGAGUUGUUGGUGAAUUAUUUCACCCUGCAAUUGCUGCUACUUUACUUGCUAAUAGUCCAAUUUUAUAUCUUUAUUACAAUGCUGCAUUAGGUGUUGUACUUGUUAUUUCAUUCUUGGCAUUGAUGAUAUAUUGUAAAACGGUAUUAAAAACACCAACUGUCCAUAUUGCUCAUCCUUCAAUAGGACCAAGGUUCUCAACACUCAGUGUUAGCCAUCAUUAAAAAAACCUCAUUGUCCUAAAA